CGUUCAGGGAGGCACCUAGUGGUGAUUUUUGGCAGCGCAAGGCAAGUUCCAACAUUUUGCAAAGUACCAGCUGAGGUAAUUUUCCAAAUAGUGGACUGAUUUGGAAGAUGUGGCUGCCGCAGCUCAUGUUGGUUGUUAGUGUUUGCGGUGCACGGCAGCUAGAUCCCACGCCCGCAUACAACAAUGAACGUUUUGUCACAGAUCUUGUGAACGCACACAAUGACAUUCGGAAUGAAUUUGGGAAACAAGCAGCGAACAUGCUACACAUGUCAUGGGAUGUAGGAUUGGCAAAACUUGCACAGGCAUGGACUAUUAAUUGUAAAAAAGUACCAAACCCACACCUAAACAAAGAAAGCAUCUAUCCCAGAUUUAAACAGAUUGGAGAAAACCUUUACAUGGGUCCAUCCAUUGACAUAUUUAAAAUAGUUACGAAUUGGGGACUUGAAGGGAACUUCUAUGAUUUGAAAAAUAAUUCAUGUCAGCCUGGUAAAGACUGUAGCCAUUUUACUCAGAUUGUUUGGGCAAAUACUUACAAAGUAGGUUGCGGAGCUGCAUACUGUGCACAUAAGGUUGCUUAUGUAGUCUCUUGCACUUAUGGACCACGUGGAAAUUUGCUGGGACAAGUCCCUUUCAUACUGGGUGUGAAAUGUUCUAAAUGUGGAGGGGAAAAAUGCAAUGUGGCUUCAUGUGGUAAUCCAUCGCGAGAUGAAAACUAUGGGGAUUACAACUAUUGUCCACCCUUUGCAACUAUUGAUUGUUACAGGCUGAGCAAAGGUAAUGUAAGAGUGAAUAAUGAAAAAGUUAGAGUUGGCCUUGAAUGUGCAGACUGUGUAUACACAGAUGGUGAUAGUGAAAGUGGAACUGAAGAUCACUUUGCCUAUGUUGACUACACAGGAAAUUUCAGUGUGACCCACAGCAGUGCAGUUAGAAGAACAGCAUACAGUUAUUUUAUGUACUCACUUAUGUGCAUAAUAUGGAAAUAAGAGUAUUAAACAUAAUACCGUAAAGUAUUUGCUUUGUUUAUGUGGCCUUUAAUUUAGUAAUGCAGUGUAUGUAAGGCAACUGUUCUUUGGCUUGUUAAGAUUUUUUUUAUUGAACUUUUCCAAAGCUGUUUACAUUUGUACAUUAGCCUUUCUUUGUGCUUAAAUAUGCACACAUUCUCCUUCAGGCUUUGGUGAUUAGCAUUUUUGCAUGCCAGAUUCCAAAGUCAAACAUAUAUCUGAUAAAACAAAGGUGAUUAACAUUUUUUCAAGGCCAACCUAAGGCUCAGCAUCAUCUACUUUUAUUAUAAUACUAAAGAACAGCAACUUUGCAAAUACAAACCAAGUGCCAAUUGCACUUUUUGAUGGUUUGCUGGUUACCCUACUCUUAGAUAUCACACAUCUAGAUCAAAAGAUGUUUAUUUAAAAACAUGUGUAGCCUUGUUUGGUGCUAUGUGCAUGAAUUUAUCCACAAGCUAAUUGGUAGUAAAGGGCCAGACCAGUAGCCCAAGAUACUGAAUACAACAAUGACACAGGGCCUGUGUCAUCCUACUGUCCUGUUCCUAUUAUCUCUUUUCCUUUGCACUGCUUUUAAAUUUCAAUUGUUUUAAUAUAUGUUAUGCCAAUCUUACUAAUGCUUUAAAACAUAUUUAUGUAAUAUUUUGGGUUAAGCAAUAAGCAAUAUUUUAACGUGUUCAUAUAAAACUAAUAACUUUUAAAAGAUUUAUUUUAAAAGAUAUUAAAAGAUUCUCUGCAUUCA